CCCCCCGGGAGCCCCCCGGCCGUGCCCCCGGCGGCGAUGGCCUCGCAGAGCACGGGCGGGGAGCCGGGCAGCAGCAGCCUGGGGUGACGCGGCCCCGGGGAGCGGUGCCGGGGGCUCGGGGGGUCCCGCAGCCGAGCAUGCCAGAGCCCCCGGGGCGCUGAGCCGAGCGGGGCAGGGCGGAGCGGACAGCGGGGGGGUCCCGGUGGAUGGGCCCCCCCAGGGCAGGCCCCCGAUGUCGGCGCCACUGCUGCUCUGGGUGGUUCUGCUGCGCUGGGCCAGCGGCGGGGGCUUCAUCCGGGCGGGCAGGACGUGGCAGCACUGCACAGACCUGCGCCCGCUGGACAUCCUCUCGGAGGCGGUGCCGGCCGGGGCGCUGGCCCGCGGCAUGCGGGUCUUCCAGGUGCAGGGGCUGCGCGGCUUCCAGCUGUCGGCGUCGCGGCCCCGCGCCCUGGCCUUCCCCGCCUCGCGGCUCUUCGUCCACUGCGACCGCUUCCCCGAGGAGUUCUCCAUCAUCGCCACGCUGCGGCCGCUCCGCCGCCCCGCCAAGGUGAGCGCGGCCCCGGCGCGGCCCCGGCGCGGCCCCGGCGCGGCCCCGCCGGUGCCAGCCCGUGCCCUCCCGCAGAGGAACGAGUACAUCUUCACGCUGAUGGGGGAGGAGAGCCCCAGCGUCCUGGUGGGGCUGCGCUACGCCCCCGACAAGCUGCACUUCCUCUUCUGGAGCCAGGAGCGCGCCGGCGGCUGGCAGACCCGCGUCACCUUCCCCAACGUGUCCCUCUCCGACAGCCAGUGGCACACGCUCAUCCUGGCUGUCUCCGGCCAGUCCUUCUCCUUGACGGUGGACUGCAGCGUCCCCAAGGACGUGGUGGUGGAGACGCCAUUUCCAGCUUCGCUGUCGGUGAGGAGAGCCAGCUUCUACCUGGGCAACAGGCGGAGAAGGAAAGGCGUGUUCACGGGCUUGCUGAGACAGCUUGUCCUGCUGCCAGGAGCCGAUGCCACCCCCCGGAUAUGCCACGCCGUGAACUUCAAAGUAGCAACGCUCUCCGUCCCCAGCGUCCUCCAGGAUGUCCCUGCGAAGCCAGUCAGCAACGAGGUGCUCAAGUACCCCUACGAGACUGACAUGAAGGUGACCCUGGGGGCCCGGCCACGCUGCUCCAAGCAGGAGAAGGCUCAGUUCUGGUUCAACGCCUCCCGGCGAGGGCUGUACCUCUGCAACGGCAGCACCUGGCUCUCCAUGCUGGAAGUCCAACACAGGCUGGACUACGUGGAGGAGUACCAGAACCUGGUGACCAACUCGGAGACGAUGGGCGUUGAGGUGUUCACCAUCCCCAAGGUGGGGCUGUUUGCAGCCACAGCCAACCGGCUCACGCCCCCGGGAUCGGCCAUCUACAGGUGGACUGACGGCAAGUUUGUGCACUACCAGAACAUCCCCACCCACCAGGCUCAGUCCUGGAAGUAUUUCACCAUUGGGAAGAAGAUCUUCCUGGCAGUGGCGAAUUUUGAGCAGGAUGAGAGGGGCCAGGAGUUCUCGGUGAUAUUCAAGUGGAGCCGCAGGAAAGCGAAGUUCAUCACGUACCAGCGCAUCCCCACGCACAGCGCCAGGGACUGGGAGGCCUUUGUCAUCCAGGGAGAGGCUUUCCUCGCUGUGGUCAACCACAGAGAAGGGAACAACCACAAUAUAGACAGUGUGAUAUACAGGUGGAACCCCAGGACAGGGCUGUUUGAAGCUAACCAGACCAUUCCUACGUCCGGAGCCUACGACUGGGAGUUCUUCACCAUCGGACCAUAUUCCUUCCUGGCUGUGGCUAACACAUUCAAUGGCACAUCCACUAAGAUCUACUCACACAUCUACAUCUGGCUCAGUGGCUCUUUCCAGCUCUUCCAGUCCAUCCUGACGUUUGGCGCAGCUGACUGGGAGGUUUUUCACAUUGGGGACAGAGUCUUUCUGGCUGUUGCAAACAGCCACAGCUAUGACAGCGGGAUGCCAGCACCCUCCAACUUCUAUGCCAUCAACUCCUCCAUCUACGAGCUGAACAUCACGGCCCAGAUGUUUGUUAAAUUCCAGGACCUUCUCACCUACAGUGCCCUGGACUGGGAGUUCUUCUCGGUGGGAGACGACUCUUUCCUGGUGGUAGCAAACUCCUUUGAUGGCUUCACCUUCUCUGUUAACAGCAUCAUCUACAGGUGGCAAGGCUACGAAGGCUUCGUGGCAGCCCACCAGCUCCCCACGGUGGGCUGUAGAGACUGGGAGGUGUUCCACACCGCUGAGGGCUCCUUCCUGCUCUACUCCAGCGCCAAGGAGCCGCUCUCCAAGGUGCUCAAGCUGAAAACCACCUGAGGCAGCUGAGACACGCCCUGCUCAUCACCAGGACCAGGGCAAGCUGGGCUGCCAGGUGGAGAGGGACCACAGAGCCCGGGAAUGCUGCAGCACCAGCCGGGCAGUGGCUGGCUGUGUGCUCUGCAGGAAGGGAGGAGGAGGAGGGGGGAGCUCCAGGGCUCGCUGCAGCCUUGUCCAGGGGCUGUUUCUCCUAGGAAAGCUCUGCUACCACGCUCCAGAGCCAUUUCUACCCAAGGUUGCUGGAGCCCGGGUGCAUCCCCUGGCUUACCAGAACCAUGGUGCUUGGCAAUUUCCAGUCCCCAGGAGGGACCCAGAGCUGCCAGUAGCUGCGGCCAAAGCUUGCACAAAGCCAGGGAAGAAGAGACAGAGCAGAGCAUGAGCUGCUGGGAUGGGUGCAUGGCAGAGAGGAGUGAACAUGUGAGAAAUGGCAGAAAAAAGUGUGUCCAGGCUUGGCUCUGUCUGCCUGGGGCUGUGAUGUUCCUGAGGACCAUCUGGUUGGACGUUGCAGCCGUCCUUCACGUCACCUUUGUGCCACUGCCACCGGUGCCUGCCCACCCUCCCACUCUGCCACGGCUGGCUUGGGUCUCCCUCAACAAGUGUCGUGUGUGUUGUACAGACCUGUUGGUGUGUUCCAGGGCCAGUGCUGGUCCUUGCUGGUCCGUGCACCUUUGCAUGGGGUUAGGGACCCCUGAGAAAACCUGCUUUGCAUUUGGACCCAUCCAGCUACCACGGGAGCGGGAAAAGCCCAAACCUGCUUCAGGUGAAACUGUGGCCUCUUUUCUUUUCCUCACCUUUGCUGGCGGGGACUCUUUUGCUUAACCAGAGCUCUAAUAAACUGUGUGCACCCAGCCUUUCUCCCACAUGGGUAACCAGCUGCUCUGCCUGUGGCAGAGGCAUCCCUUCUCCCAACAAGUCACCCCUGAAUGUCCAUGGCCAUGGGUAGCCUGGUGAGGACAAGGUGGUCCUGAGCACAGGAGUGUGCUGGGGUGAGGGUGCCCCUCUGUUCCCCCCACCCAGGACCCACUGCCUCACCUGAGGGUCCCAGAACACCUCUCAGCCUUCCCCAGAGCCAGGUUUCCUGCUGAACUGGGCCACCCACCCUGGCACUGGGGAGCACUCAGGAGGUGCCAGCCCCAUCAAG